AUCGAAGCCUCUCAUGAAGCCCAGAAAUAUGGUGAGGCAUGGAAGGUAGUUAAUGAGAUUUCUGGAAGGAAAAGAGCUAAAGAAGGUCAAGUAGAAGGAUCAAGCCCUGAGGAACGAGUGACCACAUGGUUCACCCACUUUAAGAAACUCCUGGGUAAUCCCCCUGAGGUUGAAGAUCUGGACGAAGAAAUACCAAACAUCUUUGAGGACCUUGAUAUCAAUGACGGCCUGUUCACUAUUGAAGAGCUCAAGAAAAAGAAAUCUUCAUUAAAAAUCGGGAAAGCAGCUGGCCCGGAUGCAAUACCCCCUGAAGUAUUCAAGUUAUGUGACUUUGACAACAUAUGCCUAGACUUCUGCAAUCAAGCUCAGAUAAAAAAUGACAAACCUGAUCUGUGGUCCUAUAUGAAUAUCAUCCCUGUACCUAAAUCUGGGGACUUGUCAAAGACCGAUAACUACAGGGGAAUCAGCCUGAUGUGCAUUAUAGCCAAGAUGUAUAAUCGCCUGAUUUUAAACCGAAUCAGGAGUGUAAUUGACAUCCGACUCAGAGUAAACCAGAACGGUUUCCGGCCCAAAAGAUCUACAGUGGCCCAAAUAUUAACACUCUGAAGAAUUAGCGAGGGAGUUAUAGCAAAUAACAUUGAAGCUGUCAUGACUUUUAUUGACUUCAAGAAGGCAUUCGACUCAAUUCAUCUGGGUAAAAGGAUGCGUAUUCUUAAAGCCUAUGGGAUUCCACCUAACCUAUUGCAAGCUAUUGAGAUGAUGUAUACGAAUACAAAGGCCAAAGCGCUUUCUCCAGAUGGAGAAACAGAGAUGUUCGACAUCUCAACCGGUGUACUGUAGGGCGACACAUUAGCUCCUUUCCUGUUUAUAAUCGUGCAUGACUAUGCUAUGAGAAAGGCUAUGGCUGGGAAAGAAGAAGAGUUGGGAUUUACCAUCACCCCUCGAAGAUCAAGAAGACACCCCAAAGUAGUUCUUGCUGACUUAGACUUCGCAGACGACAUAGCACUACUGUCGGAUGAAAUAGCUCAAGCUCAGGAAUUACUGCUAGAAAUAGAGUGCAAGAAAGUUGGCCUUGUACUGAAUGCUAAGAAAACAAAAUCAGUUGCUUAUAACAUUGAUGAUCCAACACCAUUACAUACACUUGAUGGCACUUAUCUGGAAUGGAAGGAUGACUUCAAAUAUUUAGGGUCAUGGGUUGAUAACUCAGAAAAAGACAUCAGCAUAAGGAAAGCACAGGCUUGGAGAGCUUUGAGUGGUAUGACGAAAAUAUGGAAGUCCAAUAUGAGUAAAGAUUUGAAAAUCAGAUUCUUCAUAGCCACCAUCGAAUCAAUCUUACUUUAUGGGUGCGAGAGCUGGGCUCUGUCAAAAGCACAAGAAAAGUUGUUGGAUGGAACAUACACUAGGAUGCUGCUAAAAGCUUUAAACAUCCUCUGGAGCAGCCAGAUACCAAACCAACAACUGCACGGAGAUCUACCAGCAGUCAGCAAAAAAAUCGCCUCUCGUAGACUACAACUUGCGGGACACUGUUAUCGCCAUCCAGAGCUAAUUACCCAGAAAUUAGUCCUAUGGGAGCCCACACAUGGUCAUCGCGGGAGAGGAAGACCGAUUACUACCUAUAUUGACACUCUUAAGAGGGAUACUGGGGCAUUCGAAGCAAGUGAGAUUGCUGUACUGAUGGCUGAUAAGAGGCUGUGGAAAGAUCUAGUGGUUGCCCGCCUUCGGGCGACCAAGUGA